CCCUUCCCUAUGCAAGCCAUGCUUCUAACCUUCAAAGCUCCAUCGAAUGCAGGUCUAUGCAUUGCAAACUUCACGAGCUUAUCCGCCUGAUCGGAUCUCCGCGUCUGUGAUCCACUUCUAAAGAUGUCAGAGCUUCGAUACACGGCGAACACCCAGCUGGAGCACCUACAUGCUCGCUACACGGGUACUAUUCACCCUGACAUCAACAAGUAUGAGUGGAUCACACACCAGCACCGCGACACGUCGGCCUCGAUAAUCGGGCAUCCACACCUACACUCAUAUGUCGCGCUCGCCGAUGGAGAAUCCAAGGCACGGGUAAAAUUUGAGCUCUGCGAGAGGAUGCUCCAACCAUGUGGACCGCCGCCCGAGGAGCAAGACUAG